CAAGCUGGUUAUAUAUUGCAGGAAUGGGUGUUAUGUGCACUGAUAACAGUGCAUAUUCACCAUGGCACACGCAGCCAACAUUAGCGCAUUGACGGACCAGCUAAUCGCGGCAGUCACAAAAUUCCCGGACAAAAAGAAUACAUCGCGCUCUAAGAAUCUUAAACGCCGUAUCGAGGAAACGUUCAAAGCUAGUCAGUAUGGGCGGACGGACCAGUUUGCAGUUGCGAAACAGCUGGAAGGACUACAGGAGAAAUUCCAAGUCCUGAACAGAGACGAGCUGGCGACGGACCUGCGGUCGUCUCUGGUCGAGUUGGAUAACUACCGGAGUCCAUGGUUUCCGGAGAUCUUAUCUCUAUUCCUGCAGCUCUCGGACCGUCCGGUUCUACAACCACAACGGGAUCAAACCGUGACGCAGAAGCCUGUACAAGUCGAGGAAUCGCUCUCUUGGUCCGAAGUAGAUCCUGCUGGGACCGCAUACUGUGAGGAGGAAGAUAUCUGGGAAGAUGUAGACUUUCGUGAUGGAUCUUCGGAAGACGAUAUCUCAUCUGUGUCCAGCGAAAUUUCCGUUCCCCGCAUAUUGCCCCAGGACUCGAUAGCACUGGAUGAGGAGUAUGUGAUUCCUGAUGAAGUGUUCAUACCAGAGGAAGAUGGAGGCGUACUCGUCACCAUCAAAGACGUCCAGUUCUGGAAGCCCGAAAAUAAUACAGCGCUAUCUCAUAAGGAAAACCACUCUCGCCCCAUUACUGAACUUCAAAUCGUGAGGGAGACCAUAUUCAUGUUGCAAGGCCUCCCCACGUCUCUCUUCUGGCGUUCCGGCGACAGUAUCGAGGUAGAUCGCACAUAUGCGCUUGCGCAUUCCUCGAACGAAGCACUGUCGUAUUUAUUACGGUCGUUUAGCGCCAUAGGAGCUCAGGUUGAUACAUUGAGGAGAUUCAUCACCGUCCCUCAGACUAUCGCCUACGUCCAGAGUUUCGUUCGGGGCAUCGAAGACCUUUUACGAAAGUUUGACGCUUUCCUGUCAAAGGCCCAGGCGCAGUAUCUAAAACCGACGUCAACGGUCGCGGUAAGCUUACUAGAGCUGCUGGAAGUUGUCAGACGCGAGUCAAGGGUUCUUUUGAGCCUAGCGGGUCUUGUAUCCACCAUCAGCCAUGAUGUACAGACAUAUUCCGUACGGUGCCUUGAUUUACUGUACGACCUGGUAUGCAUGACACAGGCCGCUGGCGAUGAUAAUGAAUUCCAAUCACUUGCGGAAUUAUUCUUCUUCUGCUUCAAAUCUUAUAUACGUCCCAUCUGGCUCUGGAUGGAAACGGGACAGCUAGAUUCUGUGGAAGGAACCUUCUUUAUCCUUGAGGACCACAAAUAUCGCGACCUACGAACCCUCUGGCACGAUUGGUAUACGCUGGAUGAAGCUUCUAGGCUACCGAAUGCUCCCAAAUUCCUCCACCAAGUUGCUCGCAAGAUCUUCACCACCGGCAAAAGCAUGGUCUUUCUGCGUCAUCUAGAGACCAUUCCAACAGACAUAGACCGUCUAAGCAAAAGUACACUAACAUUUGAAGAUCUAUACCCUCACCUUUCCUCAUCGUCAUUUGCCCUGCCAUUUUCCGUGCAGCUGGAAUCCGCAUUCGAGAAACUCAUCGACGCAAACCACUCCGUCACCUCAGACUGGUUGCAAGCAGCACUCGACCAACAAUGUGGAUUAUGGACGUCUCUCCAAGCUCUGGAUUACAUCUACCUCUGCAAAGACGUGAGCGUGACAGGGAACAUCGACAAUAAAAUCUUCGAAUCGAUCGAUCGAGGAAAAAGCGCCUGGAAUGACCGCUUCUUACUCACAGAACUGGCCCAGCACGCAUUCAGCGCUUUACCCCUGAUCGACCCGUCCAGAGUCAUAGUCCGAUCUUCCAAAGUCUCAUCACAAGACCCUGACAUCCAAAACAAAUCCGUGAAGAUGCUAAACGUGCUCUCAUACGACUAUAUCCUCCCCUGGCCGGUAGCCAACAUCAUCACAAAAGACGCCAUCUCCACAUACCAGCGCAUCUCCACGUUCCUCAUGCAAAUUCGCAGAGCUCAAUACGUGAUCAUGAAACAACGCCUCCAAUACAGCAGUAAUUCUACCGAAAAGAACCCCGAUAGAACGCGUAACGUGCUAGGCUACGCCGUCCGACACAGCAUGCUCUGGUUCCUGAAUACGCUUUACGGCCAUAUCGUUGACGUGGUUCUAUCGACUACGACGAACGCAAUGCGGAAGGAACUCUCUUCGUCGAAGGAUAUUGAUGCUAUGAUUGCUGUGCAUCGUGCUUAUAUCUCGUCAAUGGAGGACCAGUGCUUGCUAUCGAGGAACCUCGUCCCGCUGCAUGAAGCGAUUAUCAACACUUUAGAUCUCUGCGUUCACUUCGCGGAUUUGCAAGCGGUGUACUACGGUGAUAAUCAACUCGACCAAUCGCGGAGAAACAAGCCUUCCCGGAAACAACACGAGGACCAAAGCAACUCCGACUCCGACUCUGACGAUGAUGACGAGUUCGACCAAGGCAAUACAACACGCACCAUGCCACCGCAGGACACAUCAUAUCCGCAACAGAUCCGAUCUCUGAAGAAUGAAUUUGACCGGUCUGUUGGUUUCCUCACGGCUGGGUUGAAGAGCGUGGGACGUGUUGAUGGACAGCCUAGUUGGGAGAUAUUGGCGGAGAAGUUGGAGUGGAGGAAGGAACGUGAAGCAUUUUAGCUGGUGUGGCUAGGAGUUCAAUGGUUAUGUAUGUUUCGGGGCGUCUGGGAUAUGAGAGUGGCUAUUCAUGAUUGUUAAUGUCCAUGGGAUCUAAAAAGUUGCAAGUCGAGACACUUUACGGGUAGGAUUUAAUGAUAAGAUGUUUAAUUGAAAUCAUAGUAUAUUGACUAGCAUAAAAGACAUGAUGCAUAAACCAUAAG